AGGAAAUGGCUCCUAGAUUAGCCUUGGAAAUGAACUGGGACAAUCCAAUACAUUGUCAACUAUUUCAGGGUAUUUAUAAAUUGUUUGUGUAUUUAACAAGAGAGGAUGUCACAAUGCAUUUUUUUUGUUUCCCUUAUUGUAAUGAGGUCACUUUUCUGCUGAGAGCUUGGAAGAAAAAAAUUAUUAAGAAGUUGUGCAGGAGCCUACAGUCAUGCUUCCAGAGUGCACUGUAACAUGACUUACUUCUUUUUGUAGUUUCUGGAGUUUCAAGUCCAGUUUCUUCAAUGUCUUUCUUUUGAUUUCCAUAUAUAGGUCAAAUUCUUGCAGUUUUCUUUUGUAAUAUGGGAUUUGUCUGCCAACUCAAUUAGUUUUUUUCAAGUGAGUGCCUCUGACAGUUUGUAACUCCUGUAAAGAGUUGUCACCUCCGCUAAGCAGCCCAGACCGCUGCCCCUGUGCGAUUCAGGGAUGGUGUAAUCAACUACUGUACUCCCCCAUUUUCCUCAAAGCAGCGGUGCGCUUUAUAAAUAGUCUCACUGACACUUUGUGCCACAACCCACUCGCAGAAGCAACCCACUGAAUGCCUCUCCUUUCAGGACAAAAAGACAAGACAUGGCCACUGGCAGUCAGACAGGAGCACCAACCACUGACACUGAGACAAGAGGAGCAGUGACCACAGGAGCACCGUCCGGGGCUCCUGCCCAAAACAACAUACAGGAUAGACCGUCCAUAAACAUGAACACUUAUGCAAACAAGAAGAGCGCAGCAGUGAGCAUGCUAGACCUUGCUCUGCUGAUAUCAAUCGCCUUCCGGCUCAAGGAUGUGAUCCAUCGAGGACCUACCUUUGACUUAUACAUUCUUCUCAUCACACUCCUCAGCAUCUCUCUCACUUUACAGAUUGUGGUGGGAAUUAUGCUCAUCUUUAUAGUUAAGUGGGAUCUGAAUAAGGAACACAACCACCACAAGCUGAACAGGUGGGAGACUUUUGCCACGAUCUUCACAUUUUUAAUAAUGAUAAUCAACGCCUUCAUCAUAGCCUUUGGCGACCAGCAGCCCAACUCAGCCAACACGACUUUCCCAGCUUGACAUGACCGCAGCUCAUCAAAUGAUUACUCUGUUUUUGUUAUUUACCAGAUUACAUGGCAAUUUCAUACCAUUGGUCCUGUGUGUGUGUUCUUCUCACAACUGAGGCAACAAUGUUGCAUUUCUGUAUUUUAAGUUAAUAAACUUUUUUCACCACUAAUGAUCAAACUGAUGCCUUUCAUUUUUCUUGUGCACAGGAAAGUGCACAUUUCCCUAAGACUGACUUUUCAUCUAAACCUAAAUUGAUGUACUGUGAACUCUUUCACUCUUUACAAACGACAGAUGUCGCACUGUAUUUAAUAAACUAAAUCAGACCGGACCAAGCUGGCUCUUCUUUUCUUCUGCGGCAGCUGAAUCUGCACAGCGCGUAUAUCCUAUAACCUAUUUGCUCCCCUCAAAGGUCAGUAUAUUGUCCUGAAAAUCCCUCUGGUUAUUCUUGCCAAAGAUGAGGCAAAACCCUAUACAAAAAGCUCUAAAUUUUA